AUGCCAGAGUCCCCUCUCAGUCCCACAACAGCCCGUCAAAACCCAGCCAGCAGCCUCCUCAGUCACAGAGACAGUAGUGGAGGGGAAAGAGUCGCUAAUGGGAACGCUGGCACUCUGAGUGGCGACGACUGGCAGACUCUUCAGCAUAAACAGGUCUUUCUUGCUAUGAUGGCCCCGCAGCAGAUUCAGCAGUUUCUGGCUCCCAACCAGCUGCAGGCUCUGAUCCACCAGAAGCAGCAAGCCCUUCUGCUUCAGCAGCAUCACCUGAAAGAGUUCUACAAGAAGCAGCAACAACAGAUUCAGCUGCUUCAGCUACAGUCCAGUAAGAAAAUCAAAGAGCUCUCCUCUCCCCAGCUCGUCUUCCAGCAGCUCAUCCAACUCCAGCAGCAGCAACAGCAGCAGUUUCUCCGGGCGCACAGACCAGCGCUGUCCUCUCCCGCCCUCUCUCCAGCUUGUCUCAGCCCUGCAGAGAUGCAGCAAGUAUGGAAAGAGUUCACAAUUGGAAUGACUGAAGAUAAAAUCACAAUAAAAGAGAAUCGAGAAUCUUCCGCUGGCAAAAUAAUGUCAGCAAAAGUCCCAGGGAGACAAGCCGAUGACCAGCAGUUUGCCUGUGAUCAUGCUGCCAAACACGCCCUCUUCGGUCACGGCGUGUGUAAUUGGCCCGGUUGUGAGUCAGUCUGUGAAAACUUCAGCCAGUUUAUCAAGCACAUAAGCAGUGAACACACUCUGGAUGACAGAAGUACAGCCCAGUGCAGAGUCCAGAUGCAGGUGGUUCAGCAGCUUGAGCUUCAGCUCUGCAAAGAACGGCAGCGUCUGCAGGCAAUGAUGGCUCACCUGCAUCUGCCAUCUUUAGAAGCUCAAUCGCUCUCGGCGCCUGCACAGUCGCCACAGUCCGACACGGCUGCUGACCCGUGCGGCCCGCAGCUCACUUCAGUCACCAACAGCUUGCCCUCGCUGAGACCAUCAGACCCAGCCCAGGUAUCCCCUCGACCUCUAGAUCCUGUUGGCACUCCAUCCCAGGGGUGUGAGAAAGAGUUCCCCUCUCACACGUCAGGCGUUGGGCCUAUGAGACGUCGUAAUCACCCUCUGGUCUACUCGCUGUCUUCAGAAAAUGAAUAUGAACUUUACAAAAACACUGAUCUCAGACCACCUUUCACCUAUGCCACACUGAUUCGACAGGCUAUCAUGGAAGCAUCAGACAUGCAACUAACCCUCAACGAGAUAUACAACUGGUUCACAAGGACAUUUGCUUAUUUCCGACGCAACGCCGCCACUUGGAAGAAUGCAGUUCGACACAACUUGAGCCUGCACAAGUGUUUCGUGCGCGUGGAGAAUGUGAAAGGUGCGGUGUGGACUGUGGAUGAGGUGGAAUACCAGAGGAGGCGAUCCCAGAAGAUCACAGGAAAUCCAUCACUGAUGAAAAGUAUUUCCUCCAGUGCAGGUUUUGGGACCCUAAUGAAUUCUGGCUUGCAGACCGCACUGGCAGAGGCGUCACUGCCAGGACUCAAGAAAGACAACGUAAGAGGAAAUUCAAAGAGUCAAAUACAAAAGAGCAGCAUGGCUGACAGCCACAGAAACCAAAACUUCUCUCCUCGCGUCCAGCCGCCGCUUUUCCUUGAAGACAAAGAGCUGAAGGUCAAUGACCAAGGAUGUCUGAUACACACAGUGAAACCAGUCAGUCUGCAGCCAGACAUGAGUGAAAAUGAUGGAGGGCAUUUGUUUGACCUUGAAUGA